CGUCGCCGGGCCGGCCGGGGCGCAUCGCCAGCGCCGCCGCCGCCGCCAUGAGGACGCCCGGCGAGGUGCUGCGCGAGGGCGAGCUGGAGAAGCGCAGCGACAGCCUGUUCCAGCUGUGGAAGAAGAAGCGCGGCGUGCUCACCCCCGACCGCCUGCGCCUGUUCCCCGCCGGGCCGGGCGCGCGCGCCAAGGAGCUGCGCUUCCACUCCAUCCUCAAGGUGGACUGCGUGGAGCGCACCGGCAAGUACGUCUACUUCACCAUCGUCACCACCGACCGCAAGGAGAUCGACUUCCGCUGCGCGGGCGAGAGCUGCUGGAACGCGGCCAUCACGCUGGCGCUCAUCGACUUCCAGAACCGCCGCGCCCUGCAGGACUUCCGCAGCCGCCAGGAGCGCGCCGCGCCCGCCGCGCCCCCCGAGUCCCGGCCGGCCCGCGCGCCCUGAGCGCCGCCGCCGCCACCGCCGCCGCCGCCGCCGCCGCGGAGCCACUCACUCGACGACGAGUCGGGGGCCGCCCUCCCGCCGCCCACAGUGAGGACAGAGGCCGAGAGCCAUGUCCCUGUCCCACAGAGAAGGACCUUCCCGUGCGGAGCCGCCGAGCCUCGGCCCGCUGAGCGGGCGCGUUAAAUUAUCAGACUAUCUAUGUAUUUAUUUUGAUGGUUAUUCGUCGUGGAACCGUCUGUCUUCAUAUGUAGUGUUUGCAUCAGUAUGUUCAUUCCAAAUAAACCACCUGACCCGUUCCCUUUUCUACCA